CGGGCGGCGGUGGAACGAAGCAGCAGAGCAACGAGCACUCAAAGACGAGAGCUGAUGCCGAGGCAAUAUACCCAGAGAACCAACAAGGGUCUGGUUCGUCGAUAAAGCAUGCACUAAAUCCAUGUCGACCACCCCCAACUCGGUCACGACGCAAUGCAGUCAAGGCCCAGCCCGCUAGGAGGAGUGAGAACCCCACCCUCCCUGGUCGUUUGUCGUCCCAUCCGCCUCAGAUGAUCUCCACGCCCUGGCCCUGUCCUGUCGGCCUGCCACUCUGCCGUAUCCGUACUCGCGCAAACCGCGGUGCAGCUCAAACGAUGACAGGCAUUUGACGCGAGCGUAUAGAUAGCUGGCACUGUCCUCCACCGCUUGCGUCUCUGCUGUGUUUUCUCUCCUCGCUUUGUUCACGUUUUGUCGGAAUCCUGCUCCUACAACAGUCACGCAAACAUCGUUUGAAGAGAACCAGGAGUCGGACCCAAAAUGAAGGCCUCCAAUAUCCUUCUCACUGCAAGCCCGGUAGCGGUGGCUAUGGCCGCUUCGGCGCCCAUGUCACCAGCCCCAGCCUCCGAGUUCCUCUUCUCAAACCCUGACCCGGCGACUGCGGUCAGUUCGGGCUUCAAAAUCCCGACGUCGUACGAGUCGGCCAUCAUGGCGCGUCGCAUCCUGGCCCUCGCGCCCUUCGCCACCUUUUCGACCGUCUUCCCCAGCGACAAGGACGGCGGCAUAGGCGGCGCCCCCGUCGGGCUGACGGACUACAUCGCCGACUGCGAGGACGACAGCGUUGGGAACCCGACCAUCCUGGAGCUCCACAUCGGCACCUCGUUCCGGAACGUCCGCAGCGGUUCCAACAUCAGUGUCAGUCUCGCCUGGGUUCCGCCGUACCCGCCGAGCCGCCGGAUCCGUUCGGCCCCGUCCUCGCCGUCCUUGCUUUCGGCUCUGGAGGAUUCCUUGCGCUCUCUGCUCGGGUUGUCGCGACGGCAUGAAGAGCAGGCUGGUGAGGGCCGGCCCGACCCGCAGCCCUACUCGGGCGCCAACCUGCCGCGCUUUUCCCUCCUGGGCUACCUCGAGAAGAUCGAGCCCUCAAAGGUGGCCGGCGUUACGACCUGCUACGUCGGCACCCACCCCGAUGCAAAGUACUGGCUUCCGGGCAACCCAAUUCAUGAGGCCGAGUGGGUCCGCCUGGUCGUGACCAAGGUUUACUGGAUCGGCGGCUUCGGCGACCGUGCCUAUAUAGGCUGGAUUCCCGUCGACGAGUACAGCAAGGUCACCCGCGAUGAAUGGGAGGCCAUCCGCCUGCCGGGCGAGAAGCCUGAUUGGAAGGAGUGGUCCAUGCGGGAGUUCGGGGAUCUGUAAACGUUAUGAUAUCUUGGACUAGUGGCAUGUGGCAUACAAUUUGUGACCCUGUUCUAUCAAGAUUCGAGUUGGAUACUAUCAGCCUUGCUCACUUAUUGAACUCUCUACCAUGUAUGGAACUUGGAUACCAACGGGCGAGCUUGGCUACAUCACGCAAAGCACAUUCCCGUACCUCUGAAUCCAUGGCUGCAGGUGCGUUAAAGUUGACUUUAUUAUAAACCACCACCCUCUUCGCG